CACAAUAAUAAAACAAUACUGCGGCCUUGUACCCGGAGGACUCGCUAUCCCACAAUCCCAUCGCCCAGCCUCAGGGUCGCCGAGGUGAGCAAGAUGGCGGCUCUGUGUCGGGCGGUGUGCUCGCUGCGCAGGGGUUCCUGUUGGGCUCAUUCACGGGGACGCGUCGUGAUUACGAGUGUUUUUCCACACAGUCACUACAGCAGUGGUGACUCUGGAGAUGGGACGGAAAAGGAGACGGUUACCUCAGGGCCCGAGAAGCCAAGAAGCGGCUUCGCGGCCGCUUUCGAUCUCCACUCCGGUCUGCAGCGGAGGGACGCCGGCGCAGUCGGGUUGGCUCCUGGAUCCAAGAAGGAGAAAUCUUUUGCCUCGCUCCUGAGACACUCUCCGCUUUUGCAGAUGGGACCUGCAAAAGAUAAAAUGGUUUUGGGCAGGAUCUUUCACAUCGUCAAUGAUGAUCUGUACAUUGAUUUCGGAGGAAAGUUCCACUGCGUGUGCAAAAGGCCAGCCGCUGACGGAGAGAAGUACCAGCGGGGCACCAGGGUCCGACUGAGGCUGCUGGACCUGGAGCUCACCUCCCGGUUCCUGGGGGCCAACACGGACACCACCCUGCUGGAGGCUGACGCUGUUCUGCUGGGGCUGCUGGACGGCAGAGAGGGAAAGCCAAAGGACUAGGCUCCAUCCUUGUUAAGACAGACCGCCUGAGACUUGUUGCCUGUGGUCUUGCUCAACUAAAAAAGUAUCUGUUUAAACUGUUCAGGACAAGAGUCGAACCUAGAGCGGUAAUUCACCUUGUUUUGUAUCUCUUUGCCUUCGACGUGUAUUUGAUGUGCAUGGACAAGUGUUGCAGAGGUCACAAUGCUGUUUUUUUCUCUUUAAUCCACAAUUAAUUUCGUAAUUUUGUUGAAGAACGGAUUAUGUGUUUAUACAUUUUGUUUGUAAAAAAAAAAUAAAGAGAAAACAUCAGUUCCUUCACAGCAUCCCUUGGUUAGCAUUCCUGUUACAGUAAGUUACGAUGUGAUGUGUUCUGUCAUUCCUCUUGGCCAGGGGUAGCCAAUAUGCUAUUGUGAAUAACCCCACCUGAGAGAAAUGGUGACACCGCUCAUGUCUGUAAGCGUGAAGACGUUGUAGUCCUUCUUAGCCCUGGUGCUGAGAUAUUAUAUAUGCUCUUUACUACUUCCAAUAUCAUUAUAGACCUUAAAAAGCUUUGGAGUAAUGGGUAAACGCCAAGCUUGUGAUCUGUUGGAACAUAACUUGAGAUGUUAUAAUGUAUAUCCGUCCAGAUACGAAGCAUUGUUGUAUAAGCUAUUUAAAUAGCUUAAUAGACUAGUCUGUUGUAAUUGUAUGACAAAAUAAAAAAUGCACAUCGCCACGUAUGGAAACAUGCUCAUUUCCUUCAGAAUACAAGUUAUGUCCCUCACACCAUACCAAAACAAUUUUCACUGCAAGACAAUAUAAAACAACAGCUGUCAGCAGCAGUUUGCUCAUCAGAUUGAGCGCUGGUUCAGUGUCACUCUAGUAUGGGGUUUCUCACUUGAUGGGCAUUAUGGAAUCUCGAUUAAAUCAAAAUAUAACCCCCUUUUAACUUAAUAUUCCCUCAUUUAGCCAUUUCUUUUAUGCUUCUGUAAUUACUUCUUAAAGUUUGUACAAGUCGAGAUUGAGUUUGAUGUCACAGGCAUCAUUAGACCGGAACAGCCUUCCUAUAGCAACGUCGUCUUGUGGUAGACAUUUUAAGGAUAUACUAUUUGAAAAUAUGCUUUCAAAUAGUUUGCAUAGUGUGAAUGGUUUCCCAUUUAGGUAACAUAAUUAUGUGUAGUGCACAAUCUCUUAAAAGACUGGUUUAACCUAGAGCUGGGCGAUAAUUCGAUAACGAUAAUUAUCGCGAUAUAAUUUUCCUCGAUAUAAAUUUAACAAAAGUUCGAUAAAUGUUCGAUAUAUAUGUUAAUGCUUUUGCGCAUGCACACAAAAUACUGUGCACGAGUGAGCGUGCAUGUUGCAGACUGGGCAGGUAACAGAUUUGAUUAAUGUUUCUGCUGUUUGGCAAGUGUUUGUUGUGUUCUUAAAAUAAAAAGUUGUUUAAUUUA